AAUCAAAUUCAAGUUCUGUUUUUUUUAUUGUUGACUACCAUUUAUGACGGAAUGUAAUGCACACGGCCUGUUGAAUACGUGUUCUAAACAGCUGAAAACGAUGAAACUACCAUGCAAAGCGAAUACGCCGAAGAAGUAUCUAGCAACGAUGGUCCUAUUAUCGCUAAUUAUCAUGACUUAUAUUAUCACCAGAAACUCGGGAGAAUGGAACUCAGUGGUAUACGCGCAAAGCCGUACAAAGCAUAGCCACCACGAAAACACCUCAAUGAAACUCAGCGCAGAUAUUCAAUCGAAAAUCGAAACAUUGGUCUUGUUUAUUGGCUACCCACGUAGCGGACACACCUUAAUUGGCUCCCUGCUGGAUGCUCAUCCACACGUGGUGAUUGCAAACGAAUUGAAUAUUUUUGAACGGUGGACAGAAUGGAAGAACGAAGAGAAGACGCGAGAAAAUUUAUUAAACAAGAUGUACGACAACAGUUACAAACAGUCUGUCUCGCACAAGGGUUAUAGGUCGACAGCGAAGAAUAGAGGACGAAGUUACGCCGUACCAAACCAAUGGCAGGGAAAAUACAAAGAUUAUAUAAAAGUGAUUGGCGACAAAAAAGGCGGAAAAGCAACAAAAUUUUUCAGCUAUAAACAAAAGGUCGCCAAAGAGGUUCUGGACACGAUAAACCUCCCAGUUAAGCUCAUACACAUGGUGCGAAACCCGUAUGACAAUGUCGCUACCAUGGUAUUUAGAUAUCUCAAAUUAGGACCCACUGAAUCAAUUGCUUUAAAGGAAAAGAUAAAUAACACAGAUGCGUUGAAUAUGAAUCUACGUCUUCACCUCAUUGCCGUAAGGAAUAACUACGAAUUGAUUAAAAGAUUCGGGCGCAGCGUCUUUACCUUACACAGCGAAGAUGUCAUAGCACAUCCGACGGAAUCCCUUAAAAAACUGUGCGACUUUCUCGAGGUCUCUUGCUCAAAGAAAUACUUCAAAGAUUGCGAAAGCAUUUUAUACACGAGUACUUCAAAAACGAGAGAGAAAUUAGUUUGGCCAUCUUCACAAAAGAACAGGAUUGAACAAGCUAUUAUGACCGUUCCGUUUUUGAACAAAUAUACCUUCGAAUCGUGAAAAGCGCCGUAAUGCAAAGGAAGGA